AUGACUUCUAACUUGGGACCUACAACUGCCACUGUGGUUGACUUUAUUUGUCUCUUCACCCAUGACCUCAAACGAAAGCAGAAACGUUGGCAAGAUGGCGUCCUAAAAUAUCACACAUUCAACAAACGGGUAAUGGUAUAUGAUGAUCGAAGCCAUUUCAUCGGUGAUGCCCACUGGCAGGGAGGUGGCGAUCUCGAGCCCGGUGACGAGUUCGAGCUUGAUCGUGGCUCUGCAAUCGUGCAAGUUUCAGACUGCACUGGUCAACGAGAACAGGAUCUAACAGAGCUGUUGGACAAACGUGCAAAGGAAGUCGAAAAGCGGAGGACGAACGCUGGGACACGAACACCAGGAUCAACUGCAGUAGUUACUCAGACUCCGAGAAACGACCAGAAUGCUCCUCACUUUCAGCUUCGACACCGCCCACUGAAUGAUCUCGUGGGAGGUUCGUCUAGAAUCGGGAGAGCUGUUGUUUCACCUCAUUCGCCGUACGAAGUGCGCAAGAUGACCGAGAGCACUGGCCAGCAGCAGGAUUCACCAUCGGAAGAAGCUCGCCCCUCCAAACGGCGCAGGAGAGAAGACUCUCCUCCAAGCAAGAUGGGGCAUGCCCGUGCUCUUUUCGGGACAACAUUGACACUUACUCCAUUCUCGUCUUCAAUGCCUCUAGCUCGGAGUCAAACACUGCAAGAGAAGAGCUCGACUGAAUCCAAAGUCCUAUCUUCCAGCACAAAGGAUGACCCAUCGAACGAAUUGCAACAUGUUAAUAGAAGUUCAAGAUCGCCACCCCUAGUAUCAAAGUCUAAAGAGACAGAUACCAAUGUCACUAGUCAAAGUGUUCCUCGUCGCGUUCUCACACAACGAGCAUCUUUGAAAGAACUUUUAGCAGGGAACGAACACAAUAGAACUGGAGAGCCACUUGGACCAAGAGAGGCGCUCAUCAGUCAAGAGCCGAAACCACAAAAACGCCACGUCGACCCAGUCCCAAAAACUUCCCGUAAUGCUCAGCGCAGCCGAGAGGCGGAGGCAGGCAGACCAAACAGUUUGCAUAUGCCUGCACGUGAAGUGGCAAAAACAGGGCGUUCGAAUCGAGGCAAAGAACAGCCAGCAGAUUCCAAUGAAGUCGCAUUUCUCAACUGGCUGGUAGAAAGCGAGGGUACAGCAUCUGCUCACCGAACGCCAGUGUCCCCAAGUAGCAAACGGUUGGGGCAUUCGAAGAGGUCUGGUAAUGAUACUACUUCUACACAUAAAAGGCCUGUACCGGAGAUUGUUCAGAAGGUGAUACAUGAUCCAAUUGUGAUCAACGAAGACGAAGAAGAAUCCUCGGCUCGAGUGCAGCCCCAAACCGCUGCUUCAGAAUCAUCAAAAAUUAAACUGGCGAACAGAUCGGAACCUCAUGGUAUGAAACGGACAUUAGCUGCUGAUAGAGCUUCGACUAUGGAAGCCGACGUUGAUAAACCCCCACCUGCCAAAGAACCAAGAACGAAGCUCCGAAUCAGGUCGAGACAGAGACGAGGGCUACUCAUGAUUGCCCAAAACAAACAAGGAAGUCGGACAGGGUCUACAGCAAGAUCGUUACCAUCGUCAUCUGGAGUAGACAGCGACGUGCUCACUACACAACUCCCGAUUGUUGAUUCAGUAUCAACUCUCGGCGAGUCGGAACUCGCCCAGGAGAACGCCGUAGAGAAGGACGCCGUAGAGAAGGACGCCGUAGAGAAGAACGCUGCAGAGAUGGACAUCUCCGAGAAGGAACCCAAACAGCAAACAUCGAUCAUAUCGAGCGAUUCUAGUAUACCAACCCGGAAACCUGCUACUCAGUCGGCCAAGGAUCUCGAGUCGAACCAGACAGAAGCAACGUCACGUAAGAAUACGGCUCGGGACACGUAUAAGGACGCGACUAAAGGCCCGAACACGGGUCGUGAGGAUGACGAACCAUUGCAUCAGUCGGAUGAUGAGGUUGGACCGAAUAGCGACAAAAUUCCAGUCAACAACCUUCCUGGCCAUGAAGCUUCAGUGAUGCCUCCUCGUCGACGGGCGAACCCAAGUCGCCGUAGUCGGCAAAAGGCUAUUCAAGCUAUCCUGAGCGACGAUGAUGAAAUUGGAGCGGACAAUUCUCUGUCAAAACCCGACAACGAAAAAGAGGACUCGUCCGCAGAAUCGGAACCUGAUCGAAAGUCAGAACCUAAGCCAAGUUCCGGUCCUAGGAUCACCAAGAUGUCUCGAAAAAGCGUCAAGAGCAGGGAAAUCCUUGGGUUUGUUAUGCCACCUGAAGAUUUCCCGACUGCUGGCUUCAAUGUCGGCCACAAUGAUCCGACAGCGGCCAAGAAGCCUAUUGACAAUAGUUCAACGAUUGAGAGACCUUUAGAGGGAGUUGAAAAUGCAUCGAACGAUCUAGGACAUACCCAGCCCAUGGCGCACGAGCCUGAGGCAGUCCAGCUCCCAAUUAAUGAGAACAAGUCACAAACCAAGCAACCAGCGCGUAUUGUUAACCCUGCAACUAGAGGUAGGAAGGCUGCAAGAAAGCAGGAUGCGGCUGGACUGCCGCCUCAACCCUUGGUGCAAUUGGCGCCGACAACGGAUUCUCGCGCUGUUCUUGCGACGCCCUUCAAGGCGACAACCCCCGCAGCCACCAUGCCACAGUCAGAGUUACCAGGGUUUUGUAAAGCAAACGGCGGCGCCUGGAGCAGACACGCAGAAGAUCUUCUUGGUAUGACGAGACCUUCCAAAGGGCCUUCUCGACAGUGA